UUUAACUCAACUUCAAUAUUGACUAUUUAAUGAACCAGAAGAGGGUGAAGAACCUUUGGAUGACAAGGAAAAGGAAUGCCUCGCUGCAGUGGUAUUAACAGAAGCUAUUUUGAUGACACCAAAUUCAACAGAGAAGAUACCUCUGUCUAGGCUUAAGCAUGCAUCGGAUUUCGAGAUGUAUACAGCCCAACCAUGGGGCAAGGAAGCGUAUAACAUUCUCACCUCAUGCAUUCAGAAAUUCGAUAAAAAUACUUGGUCAAAAGGUCAGUAUAGUGUCAAGGGAUUUCCCAUGGCGUUAUAUAUAUGGGCCUUGAGUGCUGUUCCAAUUUUUGGUGAUACAUUUGCGAGAAGAUGUAAUUUUUCCAGAACAUUCUAUCCACUGAUUCUCAACUGGCAAUCAAGUCGUUUUGCAAGGUUUGAUGAUAUUGUUGAAGCUAUUAAGACAGCAACUUGUGUUGAAGUCAAAACAAUAAUUGGAGAUCCACAAGAAUAUAAGCAUUUGGUUGAUAAAGAUGACAAUGAUUUUGAAGAAGUUAUUGGCUUGGUUAUGAAAGGCUAUAGGUUGAAGAAAGAAGAAUGGUCUACAAGAUUAGUUGAUAUUUACUGUGCUUUGGGAGAGUUGGGUGACAAAAUGGGGGAAAAAUUGCCAGACUUUGAGAAACAAGAGAAAAUGGAGAAAAAUUUGUCAGAUUCAGAAAAACUUGACAUAAUCCUCUUUAUGUUAGAUGACUUCAACAAAAGACUAGAAGCCAUUGAAGAAGCUGUCAAAACCACAUCAGGGAAAGAUAAGGAUAAAGGAUCUCACGAAGAUGAAGAUGGACAGAAUAGAAAUGAAGAGGUUAUAAAUGAAGAGGCUGGCAAACAAAAUGUUGAUGGAGAUAUUGCUAGAGAAGAUUUCGUAGAAAGCCAGUCUGCAGAUUCUGUCCGUCCGUCAAACACACAAGAUGGGAGCUACGCUGCAGAUGAUGAAAACACUCAAAAAACUGGUGGUGAUGAUGGUAAUUACUUUGAAGAAACACCAAAGGAUAAAUCUCCUUCUCCACGCCCUUAUACACCAAAAUUUGAUCUUCUUUCUGAAGAAGAUGAGGAUAGUGAAAAAUAUAAAAGCAUGGAUAAAGAGAAGGGAGCAAGCAGCUGGCAAACAAAAAUGUUGAUGGAGAUAUUGCUAGAGAAGAUUUCAUAG